ACUCCAGGCUAUGCAGAGGUCGGAGAAUGAGAGGCAGAAGAAAUUCUAUGUAGAGCUGGAAGAUAAGCUGGAGGCGGCGGAACUACAAGUCAAGCAGCAGAGCACCGACUACAGGAACCGGCUGCAGCAAAAAGAGGUGGAGAUAAGUCAUCUGAAAGCCAAGCUGAACUUGCUGCAGGAUGAGGUGCAGAAGGCGCAGGUCUCGGCGCAGUUGUCUAGCGUCACUCUUCAAGCUUCCGACUCUCCGGCCUUCAUGUCCAGCAUUCCGCCCCCCUCUUCCAACUUCCAGGGGGACGACAUGGACUUCAGUGAUGUCAUCUGGUCUCAGCAGGAAAUCAACAACCUCUCCAGUGAAGUGGCCAGGCUGCAGGCGGAGGUGACCCACUGGAAGCACAUAGCACAGGUAACAAAGACUCCAGGCACACAGAGCCCCGACUUGAAGGAGGUUGGAGUGUUACAAAACACUAUCAAGGACCUGAAGGAGAAGUUGGGCCGUCACAUUGAUGAACACCAGCACGAGCUCUCUGUCUUACAAGAUGCCCAUCGGCAGAAGCUGGCGGAGAUCACACGGAGACACCGAGAGGAGUUGGGUGACUAUGAAGAGCGGAUCGAGGAACUGGAGGAACAGCUGAAUCAGCUGAGGAGAGACCUAGAGGAGAGCCAGAGGAGGCUGGAAGAAAGCUUUGCAGAAAAGGAAUCCCUUACAACAGAACUAGAGGAAUUGGAUGGACAGAAUCAGGAGGUGAUGCAGCACUUGGUGCUUAUGAAGGAGCAGCUGUCCAGGCAGAGGGCAGACUCGGAGGCUCACGUGGCACAGCUGAACGAGGAGAUACAACAAGCGAGAGAAAGAGACUCGGUUGCAGUUGCUGAAAUCAGAAAUUUACAUGAACAGUUGCAGUCUGAAGAGGAGAAGCUGAGACACGCUGAAACCGUUUUCAACAAUCUACAAGCAGAGAAAUUGCAGCUUACAGUCCAGAUGAACGAGUUACAGGAGGUUGUUAGAAAUCUGGAAUCCACAAAUUCCAGUGUUACGCGGGAAAAUGCAGAGCUUGAGGAGAGCCUGAAGCACACGAGGGAAGAGCUUGAUGUGGCCCAACAGGAGUCGCUCUCUCAGCAUGCGCUCCAAGACGACGGCGAGAGAGAAGAAGAGAUUAAGAAGUUACAGCUUCAACUUUCAGAAGUCAGCCAGUUAAAAGAAGACUUGGAAAAAGAGAUUUGUGACCUGAAGAUGGAGAAUGAGAUGUUACUGUCAACCCAAGAACAAGCAAAGCUGCAACUGCAGGACGCUGUGGCUUCCAACAGCAAGGAAGCUUUGGAAAAACAGACCGUGAUCGAAGCCCUCAGAAUGGAGAAGAGCCGUCUAGAAACGGAGCUGAACCGACUUGAAAACAGACUUCAUGAACAGGCUCAGAAGUACGAACGGACCAUCCGUGAGCUUUCGAAUGCCCAGAAGAUGGACACCUCUGCUUUACAGCUGGAGCAUGAACGCCUUGUUAAGCUCCAUCAAGAGAAAGACUUCCAGUUAGCGGAGGGCAAAAGAACUGUAGAGCAGCUUGAGAUCGAUUAUGAGGAGACCAAAGAAAUGUUGACCAGUACCUUAGAGGGGCAGAAACAGCUCACCGAUCUUAUUAAAGAGAAGGAAAGUUUUGUCGCUGAGCUCAAGGAAAAGAAUCUGGAGUUGCAAAGCAAGCUUGAAGAUCAAACCAAAACGACAAAAGAAUGUGACGUCUUAAGACGGAGCCUGGAAGAGAAGGAAAAACUUCUCGCUUCAAUGAAGGAAGACAACAGCCACCUGAAGGAGGAGAUUGAACGUUUGAAGGACCAGCAGAGUAGGUCCCAGCCAGUGGUGGACCCGAAGACGUUAGACAUCAUCACGGAGCUAGAGGCAGAAAUAACGCAGCUGAAUAAAGCCCGGAAUAAUUCCGAAGAGGAGCUGAAACUGCAGAAGAAAGCGGUGGACAAGCACAACCAAAACACAGCGCAGCUUCAAAAAUCUCUUCAGGAAAAAAUCAGAGAAGUCAACGAAGUAACGUCACAGCACAAGGAGAUGGUGGACACGUACGAGAAACUGCUCGCCGAGAAAGACAGCGAAAUCUCCAGUCUUCAACAGACCAACGAAUUGAUCAGCUCCCAGCUGCAGAACGAGCAUCUCGUCCAGAUGGAUUCCUCCCUUAUACUCCACGAGAACAAGACACAAACCAUCAACAAUGGCGACAACGGCACGGAGAAACACGACCUGUCCAAAGUGGAGAUCGAACGGCUGGUCAAGGGCAUCAAAGAGAAAGAUAUGGAGAUUAAGAUCCUAAAUGAAAAGAACGUAAACCUGACCAAACAGAUUGACCAGUUGUCUAAAGACGAAGUGGGAAAGCUCACUCAGAUCAUACAACAGAAAGACUUAGAAAUACAAACUCUUCACGCCCGCGUGUCCUCGGUCAGUUACAUGCAGGACGUCGUGUAUCUUCAGCAGCAGUUGCAAGCCUAUGCCAUGGAGAGGGAGCAGGUUCUGGCUGUCCUAAGUGAGAAGACCAGGGAAAACAGUCAGCUUCGAACAGAUUACCACAAAAUGAUGGAUGUGAUAGCUGCCAAAGAGUCGGCCCUUUUGAAACUUCAAGAUGAAAACAAGAGGCUUUCACAAAGCCAAGAGGGCGGCAACCAGGAGAUGUUUAGGGAGACCAUCCAGAAUCUCUCCAGAAUAAUUAGAGAGCGGGACAUUGAGAUAGACGCCUUGAGCCAGAAAUGUCAGACGUUGUUGACCGUUCUCCAGACUUCCGGCACGGACAAUGGCAGUGAACUCGGAAGUGUCAACAGUAUUCAGUUUGAGGAGCUCUUGCAGGAACGGGAUAAGCUCAAGCAGCAGGUGAAGAAGAUGGAAGAGUGGAAACAGCAGGUGAUCACCACCGUCCAGAACAUGCAACACGAAUCUGUCCACCUCCAAGAGGAGCUUCACAAGCUUCAGGGUCAGAUCAACAAUGACAGCGAUUCUAGCUCUAAAUUACACGUAAACUACAAUCACCUCAUUCAGAGCUAUGAAAACAACGAGAAGAAGCUUCAAGGUCUCAGCCUCGAGUUGAGUAAUGUCCAAAGCAGCAUCGGAGAGCUCAACACUACAAAAGAACGUUUACUCGGCCAACUCCAGGUCAGGAAAUCUGCUGCGGUUGAAGUGGAGACUCCUUUGGGGGCAUCUCCGGAACAGACAAGUGGUGAUUUGGCAAAGCUCGUUCAAGAAUGUGAACAACUGAGGAUUCAUAUUCAAGAGAGAGAUGCCGCCAUCCUGACCCUUCAAGAGAACAACCAUCGUCUGUCGGAAUCCAUGGCCAAAACGUCAGCGCAUGGUCAGAGGAGCCAGGAGGAGGCCACCUUGGAGCUCAAGCAGGUGAAGGAGAGAAAUGAAGUCUUGCAUAAGUCUCUGAAAGAGAAGGACAUUAUGAUCAAAACGAAGGGUGACAAAUUAAACUCCACCAGCGAAAACCUGAGGAACAAAGAGAAUGAGAACGAGCUGCUGAAGCAGGCCGUCACCAACCUCAAAGAGAGGGCUCUUAUUUUGGAAAUGGAGAUCAGGAAGCUAAAAGAAGAAAAUGACAAAGUGGUGGCCAAAGAGAAGGAAAAAGAAACGGAGUUCCGAGCAUUACACGAGACCAACAUGCAGUUUUCCAUGCUCCUCCGAGAGAAGGAAUUCGAGUCCAGUUCCAUGAAGGAGAAAGCAUUGGCCCUGGAAAACCUUCUUAAAGAAAAGGAACAGGGAAAAGCCGGGGAACUCAACCAUCUGUUGAACGAAGUAAAGUCCAUGCAGGAGAAAGCCAUUUUGUUCCAGCAUGAGCGGGAUCAGGUUAUGUUGGCGCUCAAACAGAAGCAGAUGGAAACUAGCGCUCUCCAGAAUGAGGUCCAGCAUCUAAGAGACAAAGCACAGCGCCUCAACCAAGAACUGGAGCGGCUGCGCAAUCACCUGCUGGAAAUGGAGGACUCGUACACACGCGAGGCCGUUGCUGCUGAGGACCGGCAGGCGGAGCUCCGGAAGAAAGUCGCCACGUUAGAAGAAAAGCUUUCCUCUUCCUUCACAGCGGUGGAGACAGCCAGUCACCAGGCUACCAUGCAGGUGGAGUCUCUACAAGAGCAGCUGAAUCUUGUGUCCCGGCAGAGAGACGAGGCUUUACUGCAAUUCAACAUGUCCCAGGAGCAGGUCAAACAAUAUGCACUAUCACUGAGCAACCUGCAGAUGGUGCUAGAGCAGUUCCAGCAAGAGGAGAAGGCCAUGUACUCCGCAGAGCUGGACAAACACCGCAAACAGAACGCAGAGCUACGACAGAAGGUGGAAAAGAUGGGAGAUAAAGUCGCCUCUCUGCAGGAACAAUUGGACGAUGCCAACGAUGCACUGGAGUCUGCGUCCCGACUUACCGAGCAGCUGGACCUGAAAGAGGAGCAGAUAGAGGAUCUGAAGAGACAGGCCGAUCUGAAGCAGGAGAUGCUGGAAGAUGCUCAGAAUAAGCUCAUGAAUCUUCUACACAGCACGGAGGGGAAGGUGGACAAGCUCUUAAUGCGGAAUCUAUUUGUUGGGCAUUUCCACACCCCGAAAAACAGGCGUCACGAGGUCCUGCGUUUGAUGGGCAGCAUCCUCGGACUGAAGAAAGAUGAGAUGGAUGAGAUGCUGGUGGAGGAAAACCGCGGCGUCACUAGGUGGGUGAGUGGCUGGCUUGGAGGAUCGGCCAAUGCCAAGAGUCUCCCCAACAGCCCGCUGAGACCGACCUAUUCAUCCCUCCUGAACACUUCAUUUUCCGAGAUGUUUGUCAAGUUCCUGGAGACGGAAUCUCUGCCGAAACCUCCUCCGCCCAGAAUGACAAUGCACGACGUAACACCCCUGAGCGCUUCCGGCGGGACUCCCAGCGCCGGUGGAUCCGGAUCAAGUCGACGGCAGGACUCGAACCCCUUCUUGGCUCCUCGUUCCGCAGCCGUCCCCCUCAUCUCCCCGUCAUCUCUGGGAGGGGGCACCUUGGAGCAUCUCCUCAUGAAGCCCAUCUCUGAUGCGCUGCCCACCUUCACCCCUAUGCCCAUCUCCUCGGACGCCGGCGCGGUACUGAAAGACCUCCUGAAGCAAUAACGGGGGGUGGGGCGUAGACCCACCGCAGGGCAUAGAAGCACUUUAUGAUGAAGACACACUAUUGUACAUACCAGCCAAAGAGGCCUUUUGUAUCAUCUUAGCUUUAUUUAAACU